AUCAACGACAAGAGUCACACUCUCACUCUCGUCCACAUGUCUGCGAGGUGAUAAAAGCCCCGUAAAGAUGCGACGCACCUCACAGUUCGUCUUUUCGAUUCAUAAAAGAACUUUCCAUAUACAACAGUGGUUUUAUUUUAUUCAAACGCGCGCAGCGCCAUUGGGAUGUCUACUCGCAGAUUUGUUCCAGGUGUCAGCACCAGCCCCUUGCACUUAAUUGCCCUAAUAUUCCUUCUCAUAGCUAGUGUACUCAGUCAGUUUCAAGGCGGUUCCACAUCUUACAAUCGUAUAAAUGAGAUACAACGUCAACAGCCGACAUUCAAAGGAUCGUCAAGUCCAUCUUGUCCGGAGAAAAAUGGUCGAUUUCCCGUAGCAUCUCAAUGCGAUGCGUACAUAGAAUGCAUCGAUGGCGUCGCAGAGGAGAAACUAUGUCCGGAAGGUCUAUUAUUUAAUCCUGAGGCACGAUUUAAUUAUCCUUGUGGAUAUCCUAUCGACAUAAGCUGUGGGGGACGAUCGAAUUUACAACCCCCUCAGCCUACAGAAGAUUGUCCGCAUCAGUAUGGAUACUUUAAGAUUGGUGACAGACAGAAUUGCGGCCAAUUUAUGAACUGCGCCGACGGUAAAGGCUACAUUUUUGAUUGUCCGGAAGGUCUUGCUUUCAAUUCGGAAACUUAUCGAUGCGAUUGGCCAGACCAGGUUCCAGAUUGCGAUGCUGAAGCCUAUCUAGGAUUUACAUGUCCACCGUCGUCUCAGGAUGGGAUAUAUACUUCCGGUGAAAUAAAAUAUUACAGAAGUCCCGUCAAUUGUCAACGUUAUUACAUCUGUGUGAAUGAUCGACCGCGUUUGCAAAAUUGCGGGGAAGGGAAUGCAUUCAACGAUCUUAUAAAUGCCUGUGACGCAAUCGAAAAUGUUACUGGAUGCGCAAUACCUUCGAUCGAACAACAAUCAAGAUACGACGGAAUUCAGGGGCCAUUGCAAGGACAUGCUCGAUUAUUUUAGCGUAUAAGUAAACACGUGAGAAAGAAACUCAUAAAAUAUCUGAAUAAUUAAUAUUGUAUAAUUUAUUAAUAAAGUUACUGCUACUA